AUGUCGCGUUUCUUCGCUCGUGGCGGCAGCGACAGCGAGUCCAGCUCCGAGGAUGAGCAGGAACUCUACAGCGAUCGCGAGGAGGAGGAGCAGUUCUCAGACUCGGAGGAGGAGUCGAGUGAGGCUGAGUCUUCGGAGGAGGAGUCCUCGGAUGACGAGGGUGCCGGUGCCUCUCGGUUCUUGAAGAAUGUCUCGGAAAGUGAGGAGAGUGAGGAUGAGGAGCGGGUGACGGUUGUCAAGAGUGCGAAGGAUAAGCGUUUGGAUGAACUCGAGGGCAUCAUCAAGGCCAUUGAGAAUGCUGAGAAGAUCAACGACUGGGCUGUGAUCUCGUCCGAGUUCGACAAGUUGAACCGUCAGAUUGUCAAGGUCACGCAGGCCGGCCCGACGCCCAAGAUCUACAUUCAGACCGUGGCGGAUCUCGAGGACUUCGUCAACGAGACCAUCGCGAAGCAGAAGUCCUCCAACAAGAAGAUGAACGCCAGCAACGCGAAGGGUUUCAACGCCGUCAAGCAACGCAUCAAGAAGAACAACAAGGAGUAUGCCACUCUGAUUGAGAAGUAUCGGGCGGACAAGGAUGGAUUCAUGGCUGGUGGCGAUGAGGAGCCCAAGCCGGUCAUUUCGGCGCCCCGUAUCUCCAAGGUUGAACGUGUUGAGGCACCCGUGGCUGUCACCGCGACUGCGGAUGACGAUGGCUUUGCGACCGUCGGUCGUGGCGGCAAGACCCUGCAGUACACCCCUGAGAGCAUUCUCAAGCACCUCCGCGUUAUCGUCGAGUCGCGAGGAAAGAAGAACACAGAUCGGUUCGAGCAGAUCCGGACAAUGGAGAAGCUCCUCGAGGUCGCCCAGAACCCGUACCAGCGCAUCCGCAUCUACCUUACUCUCAUCUCUACCCGUUUCGACCUCACCUCCUCCUCUAGCGCUAACUACAUGAGUGUCGACCAGUGGAAGCUCGCCCAGCAGGAGUUCUCUACCCUCCUGUCGGUGCUGGAGAGCAACCGCGAAUACGUUGUGACCGAGGGUGCCGAGGAGUGGGAGGACGACGAGAAGCAGCCCCAGGUUGCCGCCGGCGAGACGCUGCACGUCCCCGGCAGCAUUGUCUCGUAUGUCGAGAGACUGGACGACGAGCUCACCCGCUCCCUGCAGCAGAUCGACCCCCACACCGCCGAGUACAUCGAGCGUCUGAGUGAUGAGAAGGAACUGUACACCAACCUCGUCCGUACGCAAGUGUACGCCGAGGCCCUCACCACCUCGGAGAAGAGCGACCCCCGCCAGGAUAGCCUCAACCGCGUCAUCAUGCGCCGUCUGGAGCACAUCUACUUCAAGCCCGCCCAGGUGGUUACGAUCCUGGAGGAAGGUACCUGGAAGUCCCUGCCCUCCAACCUGGCCUCCGACAUCACUCCUCGCGCCAACUCCGGUGAAGUGACAAGCCUCGUCCAGACCCUCUGCAACUACCUCUUCCGCCACAGUGAUGGUAUCCUCCGCGCCCGUGCCAUGCUGUGCCAGAUCUACUUCCUUGCCCUGCAUGACCAAUACUACCGCUCUCGCGACCUGAUGCUCAUGUCCCACCUGACGGAGAACAUCGCCAACUUCGACGUGAGCACUCAAAUCCUCUUCAACCGCACCUUGGUCCAGAUCGGUCUGUGCGCCUUCCGCGCCGGUCUUGUCUACGAGGCUCAGAACACUCUCUCUGAGGUCUGCGGCAGCGGCCGUCAGAAAGAACUCCUGGCCCAGGGUAUCAUCCUCCAGCGCUACUCCACGGUAUCACCCGAGCAGGAGCGUCUGGAGCGCCAGCGCCAGCUGCCCUUCCACAUGCACAUCAACCUCGAGCUCCUCGAGUGCAUCUACCUCACCUCCAGCAUGUUCCUUGAGGUGCCCCUGAUGGCCCAGACCUCGUCCUCUCCCGAGAUGAAGCGCCGCGUCAUCUCCAAGACCUUCCGCCGCAUGCUCGACUACAACGAGCGCCAGGUGUUCACCGGCCCUGCGGAGAACACCCGCGACGGUGUCAUCAUGAGCGCCAAGUUCCUUGCCGCAGGCGACUGGAAGAAGGCCGCCGAGAUGCUCAACUCGAUCAAGAUCUGGGACCUGAUGCCGCAGCCCGAGAAGAUCAAGGAGAUGCUGUCGCAGCAGAUCCAGGAGGAGGGUCUGCGCACCUACCUCUUCACCUACGCCCCCUUCUACGACAGCGUCUCCAUCGCCACUCUCUCCAACAUGUUCGAGCUCCCCGAGAAGAAGAUUCAGGCCAUCAUCAGCCGCAUGAUCUCGCACGAGGAGCUUGCCGCUGCUCUAGACCAGGUCAACAACGCCAUCGUCUUCCGCAAGGGCGUCGAACUCUCGCGUCUCCAGUCGCAGAUCGUCACGCUGGCCGACAAGUCCAUGAACCUCCUGGAGGCCAACGAAAAGACUCUCGAGCAGCGCACUCAAGGCAUGGCCAACGCCUUCCAGCGCGAUCAGGGCGCUGGCGCCCGCGGUGGUCGUGGCGCCGGCCGCGGUGGCCAAGCCCGCGGUGGCCCGAGAUUCCCCGGUGGCCAGCAAGGCCGCCGGCCGGGUGGACAGCAAUUCAGCGGUGGUGCAUUGGGCGGAGCGAUCAAGGCAUAA